UGACGGGACGGAAGUUUCUUACACCCUCAUAAUUUACACUGGAUCAAAUCUUCCGAAUGAGCCGUCAACAAAGAAGUGGAGCGAUGGAACUAUGAUCUUAACAAUAAACCCCGGGUCUAGUUUAACAGCAUCGAAAAAGCUGAGGGUUAAAGACGACUUCUCUAUGAUGACGGAGGGAGUUGUGACGGCCGAAUUUUGGCUUCCAUCAAGUAUUGGAGUGCCAAAGCUGUUGAAAGUAGACUUGGAAAGCAAUCGCCUUGAGUUAAUCAAGGAUGCUUUAUACGUGCGGGAAAUAACUGUCGUCUACAACAGGGACCCUUACCGCUUCCCAGCUAAAAACUAUCUCUAUCCUCACAACCCAAUUCAUAACCCAAAUGAACCAAGGAAGGGUUGUCCACCUCAUCUUCUUAUACGAGAAGGGGCAGGGACUCUAAAGCAUCACGAGACUGAGGACUUCAUUAUCAAGGCAAGAGAAGAAGACAUGAAAAUAACCCACUCCAUGGUUAGAUGGAAUAUCGUGAAGGAUGAUUCAACAGCUCUGCUCUAUCCUGGUUGUCUAGAUGUCAUGAAGUAUGAUAAGCUGCCUAGGUUCCUCAAGUUUAAAGAAGCAAACUAUAACCUAAUUACGGAACUUAGACAACGAGGUAGAGAGGAGGUGAAGAUCCACUCGCUACAAAAUAUGGCAGGCAAAGUUUUCGGCGUAUACAAGGAAGGAAGGUUUGAGUCAUUUGAACAUUAUGAAUUUUAUCUAAAACAAAAAUCGAACGAAAUGGGCUGGCCCAAAGAAAGUAUCUCGGAAGCAAUUAAAAUUGCUAAAAUAUUCCGCUUAGAUGAAGAGUUCGGGAGACAGAUGCUUUGCGGUCCUAAUGCUCUGAGAAUUAGAAAGGUCACUUCUCUGGAAACGAGGUGGGCAGAAGGGGCUGUUCCUGGUUACGCUUUAGAAGACAAAACCCUUCAAGAUGCAUUGGAAGAAGGCCAUUUGUUCGAAGUUACAUGCGAUGAGUUAAUGGACGUACCGCACGGUGGAGGAUUCAGCAAGAUGCUGACGGGAACUCAACAAACUUGGUACACAGUGCUCGCGGAUUGUCUCCUGUAUCAGAGGAGUGACAGCAAGUUGGUUCCUGUUCUAAUCCGACUGGAAAACAGAAACGACAGAGAACCGGCAACCUGGUGGACACCCCCUGAGCCGGAGAUAACUGAUUUCAACGACCCUAAACAUCUGGCCUGGUUGUUCGCUAAGAUGUGGUUUAGAAAUGCUGAUAUAAAUUGUUACGCUCUCUGCACUCACUUCGCUCAAUCCCAUGCCACUAACGAGGUUUUUGCAGUUGCUGCUUACAGGAACCUGUCAAACGCUCACCCCAUCUUAAGGCUCCUUCAGCCUCACAUUCAGGGAAUAAUCCCAGUUAAUGUCCAAGCGAGGGCCGUGUUAGUGAACCCUGGUAAAAACGCGUUUGCCUUGUUUUUGUCGGCUGGGGACAACAUUAGGAUUGUUUUCCAUAAUCACUAUAAAACAUUCUCUUACGAAGACCUGAUUUUACCUGAAGAUGUAAAGAAACGUGGUGUUCAAGAUAUUCCUGAGUAUCUGUACAGAGACGAUACUCUUUCUCACUGGGAAGUUAUCCGGGCAUAUGUUGGAGAAAUGGUGAACCUAGCAUAUCCGUCUGAUGAAGAUGUGGCCCAGGAUGAAGAACUACAAAAUUUUGCCAAAGACGUUGUUGAUAUCGGAUUUCAAGGAUACGAAAACGGUGCUGGUUUUCCACGAGUUGUUUCAGAAAGAGAAAAGCUCAUUGAGUAUAUCACAGCAAUCGUCUUCAAUAUAUCUGUCUUUCACACAGCAGUAAAUUUCCAGACCUUCACAAAUUAUUCCUUCCAGCCGAACGUUCCUUGCUGCAUGACAAUGCCUCCCCCGAAUCAAGACUCGGAGAUUACCAUGGACCACAUCCUGAAGAGUCUCCCUGUGUUAGAGGUCACCUUCUUUGCUAUCAACUUAGCGAACGUGCUGGGUAGUUUCUCUCCUGUUGAGAGGUUCUUCCUGGAGGACCAUUCAAUGAACAAACUCGGAAUUAUCGGCGAGAACAUGGCUGUUGCUCCGGACAGGAGGCGUGUAUCCACAGAUUAAUCGAAAAGAUGAGGCAGCUGAAGGCAAAAAUAGACACCAGAAACAUUGGACGAUACUUAAAAUAUGAUGUAUUGAGUCCGACCAAUACUCCUAUAACUACCCAAGCAUAGUGAAAAUGGCAUUAGAAGGGCGGAGCUCAAUCUAUCGUCAGUAUUGUGUUGUCGAUUACGCUCUUUAUCUUCAGGUUUCUUCGAAAUAUUUAUAUUUUUGAGCUAUUCUGUUUGUCAAGAAUAGCUGUAGCUGCCCUCCAAACUCUAUUUUGGUUUAGCCGAGCACUAACACAAACAUUUCAUAAUAUUCAACGGAAAGUUGCUGUUGCUAUAAUCAAAAAUAAUAAUCUUGUCAAUGAGGCGAUUUUAUUAGAAAAUUAAUAUGAUUGGUGAUCAUCUUUAAGGACUUAAGAAUAAUAUUUUCUAAUUAUUCGGUUUUUUAAAAACAGAACGUAGUAUUCAAAAUCCACCAAUGUUAGAUUAAAAUGAAUUGAUUGAUUGGGGACUGGACCGUAGUGCCAGUCAAUGUUUACUCAAAGAUAUAUAAUUACAAUAAUAUGAAAUCCCCUCAGGGCACGAAAAUAUACAUAUAUUUAUGAUAGAUAAUAACUCAAUUCAUAAAAUCUCACAACCUUAAGCUGUUAUAAUGGCGCUUCAAUUUCAUGUUGAACGAGAUGUAUUUUGAUAAUAUUGAUGGAAUGGUUGUGUUUGGCUUUCUUUAAUUUCCUUCAGAAUAUGCAUGCGAACGAUGAGUUUUUCAAUAA